GGGCGGAAGCUCUUCGCCGCGGGCGACGCCUACGUGGGCGCGUACGUCCACGGCGAGAAGCACGGCGCCGGGAGGUACGUGUCGUCCGACGGCACGGUCUUCGAGGGGAGCUACGUCAAGGACAGGCGCCACGGCCCGGGCGUCGUGCGAUACGCGAACGGCAACGUCUUCGAGGGCUCCUACGUCGACGGCGUCAUCGAGGGCCACGGCACGAAGCGCGUCUACGGCGGGGGGGUCUAUGUCGGCGCCUGGAAACACGGCAAGCCCGACGGGCGAGGCACGGACACGUCGAAGACCGGCGACGUCUACGUCGGCGACUUCCGCGCGGGCAAGAAGUCGGGCAAGGGCGUCGUGACCUACGGGUCCGGCGACGCGGCGACGCUCGACGGCGACUUCGUCGACGACCGGCCCCACGGCGCCGGGAGGUACGUGUCGUCCGACGGCACGGUCUUCGAGGGGAGCUACGUCAAGGACAGGCGCCACGGCCCGGGCGUCGUGCGAUACGCGAACGGCAACGUCUUCGAGGGCUCCUACGUCGACGGCGUCAUCGAGGGCCACGGCACGAAGCGCGUCUACGGCGGGGGGGUCUAUGUCGGCGCCUGGAAACACGGCAAGCCCGACGGGCGAGGCACGGACACGUCGAAGACCGGCGACGUCUACGUCGGCGACUUCCGCGCGGGCAAGAAGUCGGGCAAGGGCGUCGUGACCUACGGGUCCGGCGACGCGGCGACGCUCGACGGCGACUUCGUCGACGACCGGCCCGUCAAGGGCACGUUGACCUACGCGGACGGCGCCGUCUUCGUCGGCGACCUCGACGAGGAGGGCCUGCCCAAGCACGGGGUCCUGACGGGCGCCGACGGCGCGACGUACGACGGCCGCUUCCGGAAAGGCAGGCCGCUCCUCCGGAAGGGCGCCGACGGGAAGUAG